CCCCAUCCCCCUCUGCAACCAGUCAGAUACCUAGACUGAUUCAAUUCUCCGGCAGGGAGGAAUUAGUGGCAGAAGGGUACACACCUAGACAGAGCAGUGGGCCCAGGCCCCACCAGAGGGCCCCAGGCUCGAGUGGGAGGUAGGACGUCUCAGUGCCACUCCACUGGAGUUGGCCAGGCUCCUGGGCUGCUCACGCCAUGGCUCUGCCUCGCUCAUCAACUCAUGCUGUGCAGCUUUGGCUUGAGCCUGGCCAGCGACUUCAGCGCAGUGCCCGCCACGGUGAGCGGAGGCAAAGUCUCCAUGUGGCCGCGAAACACUUCGCGAGUCUCUUCAAUCCCACGCCCAGGCUGGGUCACAAUCUCAGCCCAGGCAGGCUGCCCUCAAACUGAGUCCCGGCUCAGCUCCUGCCAGCACUUCUUUCCCUUUCAACUCCUCCCUCUUCCCCACCCUCUCCCUAGGGCCCCCCUUAUCCUCCUACCCCCUUCCCCUUCCUCCCACUGACUAACUUCCUCUUCACAUUCACAAUGCAGCGGGUUCUCAGCUCUGGCCGGCAGCGGCUCCAAACCCGUUCCUGCGGUGGAGUGUUGUUCUUCCCCUCUUGAUCCGGAGCAGCCCGGGAGGAAAAGCCUGUCAGGGCUGAAUUUACAGCCCUGGAUGCCUGCCUGCCCCGAUCGCUCUCACGCGGACGGAGUGGGGCUGGGACCAGCGCUCCCUUGCUCGGAGGUGGAUGCGGCGUGGCUGGGAGCGCACGGCGGGCUUUGGGAAGAGAGGUACCCAGACGUGGCUGCUGAGCGCCCGGCUUCACUGCCCUGCCCAGCGCAGAGAGCCCCUUCCUCCGCCGGAGCCCCCCACUGGCUCUGGACCAUGCGCCUGGAGAGGGCCAGUUUACCUGCGGGGAGCAGCCGGUCCCGGCACCAGCAGCCACGGGCAAGUCAGAGUGAAUCCCCUAUUGUGCAGCCAGGACACGAGGUGGAGAGUGACUUAUAAUGGCUGGGAAACGACACUUAGAGGACCUGGACUCUGUGGCCUACAACAAGUUACCUCGGCUGGAGACAGAGCCAAAUUGUGUCCUCCCCACGGGCUUGUGUAAAUCAAGCCCCUUGCCUAGUCAUGGCUCUGAAAACCAUUUUAGCUACAAGGGAACCUACUUUGCUUAUCCGCUGCAAAGCCCCAAUGGGAUCGAGUCUCUGACCCACUGGAGUCCAGCUGCAUCUUACAUGCAAUAUCCAGGUAAUGCUGCCAGCCAGCACAUGAGGACAGAUAGUGCGCUGAUGAACUGCCUGCUGUAUGGACGAGAAGCUGAGAGCCUGGCGGUAAGACUCCGGAGCUCUGGUGCUGACAAAGGGAAGGACAGCAUGGUCCGAGACCACUUGGUAGUUCAGGAGAAGUGGGCAAAUCAUAUGCAGCAGGCACAGGGCCAUGCUUUCCCAGUGCAAAAACCUGGGCUUCUAAACAAAACAGUUGCUCAAGCACCUACAGGGUAUGCCACCUUGGCAGUGCCCAAGCCAGUUUACAGAAGCCCUGUUUGCUAUGUGGACCCCAGGGCUUCUAUGUCCUUACAAACUCAGAUGGAGAGUAUGCAGAAGAGGGUGUCGGAAGUGGAAUGGACUGUACCAACCCCAGUACCCUCAGGGUACUAUAUCCAUGCAAAAGACCAGUCUUGUGGGACUGCUUUACCCAAGAGAGCCCAUCAUCCUGAUCCCAGCUUCCUGCAGUUACACCAAGGCACAGGGAUUCCCACUAAAGAGAUGGUAGCAGCCUCUGUAGGCUUUCCACCUUACCAUGCAGCGUUUGAGAAAUACAGAGUACAUCAAAGCACCUCCUUUCCUGAAGCAAACUACCCAGCCGUGUACAACAACCCAAAAAGGGUCAAAGAUGUACAUGGCAGCAGCUUAUCCCAGCAUACAUGGUCCAAACUACAGCCUGCCGCUGCCAGCCCACUAGCCCGUUCCCAAACAGCAGCCUAUCAGGAUAGAUCUCCAGCUUGCUACUCAGUGUCUCACUAUCCACUGACCUCACACAAGCAAACGUUUCUUUAUCAGGAGGCACCUCAUGCUGAGGAACAGAAUGGCACUCUGUCGACCUUGCCAACUGCAGGUGGCUACAAAGGAACUAACUUUCCAGGAAGCGGGGAACCUCGGCCCUUUUCUAGCACUUACCUGAGGCAUCAUUCCCCGAGAGGCUAUUACGCUAGCCCUCUGGAGAGCUAUGUGUAUAGCCCAGCUGGUCUAAUUCCAGUGGCCUCUCCAGCUUUGAAGCCUGGAGUUUCUUCUAGCGAACCAGAGCUGCAGCAGAAUUCUAGCUGCAAAGUGGACUAUCUGCAGCAGAACCCCAGUUUUGUUUUUGCACCUUCUGACAUAGCUUUGUACAAUGCCUCCUUAGCCAAUACAGAUGCGGGUCAUGAUGGGCACAUUGAUAGCAGAGUAGCUACUUCUCAUGAGACUCAGUCAAUGAGGGAGAAUCCCAGAAGCAAAGAGGUUGCUAACCAGCAUGGUGCUUUCCAACUGAUUGGUGCUCUAGAUAGGCUACCCAACAGCUCCAAAAGGCUCACUGAAGCACUACCUAAAGGAGAGCCAGGCUAUGGGUCAGGCCUGUGUCAGACAGAACAACCCAGCCUGCAUGGAAAGGAACAAUCUCACUCGGAGAGAAGGUCCAGCUUAUCCAUGAAAGAGCCUAUGCACAGAAACGCAGGGAUUCAUGAAGCUCAGUUAGGAGCUCCCAUUGUCAUUACUGAUAGUCCAGUUCCAUACCACCACCACAAAAAAGGAGAAGCCCCCAAUGUCAAAGGCAGGCUUGUUUCCUCACCCCAGAUAACUUCUUCUGAGGAGGGACUGAAAAGUCUGAGAGAUGCAGGUUCUCCUCCCUCCUCCCCACCUAUGCCAGUUAUCAACAAUGUCUUUAGCCUGGCACCUUACCGGGACUACAUAGAAGGGUCCAAAGGAUCGGCAGAGAUUCCCUUCUCAAAAGAUCACCAAGAGGAAGAGUCCCCCUUCCAAAACAGCCUGGCAAGUGGAGACUGUAAGGCUGUCUCAGAGCCACCUUCUGCCAAGGAUUCAUUAGAAAAGCCUCUUGGGAAAGAAGCAACCGAGGCCCUAAGAGCAGAGAUGGGGAUGGGUGAAAACCUCAGUGCGAUACAGCAGGAUGGAAGCUGUAACAGCAGGACUUGUGAGAUCUAUAAGCCAAAGAUUCUGCCACGCAGCCUGCCAGCAAGAAGUGAGCCACAGAGCAGCAGCAGCAGCAGCAGCGCUCCAGCUGCCACUGGGAACAGGGAACUUGAGCAAGAUGAUGUAGUGCUAGACCUUAGCUUGAAAAAAGAGCUAGUGAAGGCCAAUGAUCCUCUGAGCCCAGCUGGACAGACCGAGGUGACUCCUAAAGGAGAAUGUGGUGAGGAGGAGGCGAAAGAGGGACCACUCAAAAAGCAGAGGGUGUUCGAGAGUUCCAAGACCCAGGCCUUGCCUUUGUCAGUGGAAAAUAGCUCCGGGGACAAGAGCAACUUCCAGAGCUCGACAGCCUUCAUGUUCAAAAAAUACAAAAUCUCUAAAUCUAUCCCAACACGAGCGGUGCCCCCAAUACAGGCCAAAAGCUCCCCGGCAGCCGCCCAGGCCAACAGCCCACCGGCAGCCACGCACGGCCCCCCAGCAGCUUCCCAGGCCAAUAGUCCCCUGGCACCCGCGCAGGUUCCUCCAGCAGCUGCCCAGGCCAACAUCCCCCUGACAGUGACGCAGGGCCCCCUGGAGACCUCCCAGGCUAACAGCCCCCUGACAGUGACACAGGGUCCCCUUGCAGCCACCCAGGCCAACAGUUCCCCAGCACCCGUCCAGGCCAACAGCCCCCUGGCAGUGACACAGGGCCCUCCAGCACCCAUCCAGGCCAACAUCCCCCUGGCAGUGACACAGGGCCCUCCAGCACCCGUCCAGGCCAACAGCCCCCGAGCAGCGAUGCAAGGCCCCCCAGCAGCCACCCAGGCCAACAUCCAACCCUUGCAGAUGACAUGCCUUUAUCUGAAACUUCCCGACAUUUCAAAGUCUCUGUCCCCCAGUGCCCCAGAGGCCUCCCCGGCACUGGGUGAGGCCAACGUCUCGCUGCCCAGCAACUGUGAACCCCCUGUCCAGCAGACUUCAUCCAGCCAAUAUUUCACUGCAUUGCACAUAUCUCUCUGCAACAGGAUUUCAUAUUUUGUGUCCGGAACAUCUCCGGAGCUCCUCAAGCAGUGGCUGAGGAGGGUGGAGCUGGAUGAAGAGCAGAAAGAGAGCUCAAAAUCUCCCCUCAAACCCAAGAAUGGUUCCCGGAUCCUGGAAGCUCAGAAAGCCUCCAAAGGCAAGGAGAUCUGGCUGGGUUUCCAGGAUAACAGCAUGCUCCUCAGCAAGCUGCUGUCUCAGUUGGAGACCUUCAUGUUCACUCGCAAGUGUCCCUUCCCACAUGUGAUUCGAGCAGGUGCCAUCUUCAUUCCCAUUCAUGUGGUGAAGGAGAAACUGUUCCCCAAGCUUUCUGGAGCAUCUGUGGACCACGUGCUGCAGGAGCACAAGGUGGAGCUGCGCCCAACCACCCUGUCUGAGGAGAAGCUUUUGAGGGACUUAGAGCUUAAAUGCUGUACUUCCAGGAUGCUGAAGCUGCUCGCCCUGAAACAGCUGCCUGACAUCUACCCAGACCUUCUGAAUCUCCACUGGCAUGACUGUGUCAAGCACUAUCUUGGUGAACCUGGCGCAGGGACUCUGACAGAUGAAGGCAAAGGAGUAGCAGUGGAUUACGUGAAGAAAAAAGCAAAUGGGGGCCUGAUAAGCGCAAGAGCCGGAAUGCCGGCCAACUUGUUCAAGGGAAAGCACAGGAAAGGAAAGUUUCUGAUCUCAUCUAAGCAGGGAUCUCCUUUCCAGGAGGGUACUGCUGCCCUGGGACCAGAGAAAACCCAGCCGCUUGACGAAAAGCCUCAGGGAAGCUUCUCCCCUCCUGAUGGAGGGGAUACUUUGCUCAAGGAUGGGAGACCAUCUUCCCAAGUUGUUCCCAGCUCCCUGGAUUCAAAACCAAAUGGACUCCCACCACCCUCUUGUGCCAAGAAGAAACUUCUCCAAACCCAAAAGCCUUGUAGAACCCUUCAGCUGAAGCUGACCAGUAAGGCAUCCAGGAAGACCAGGAGUACCUCAAGGGUUCUGCACCUCCGGAACUCAAUGGUCCGGAUCAAAUUCCAGAGAGUCCUUCGGGGAGUGCAGAGGACUCCUCUCCAUGACACUAGCAGGAUGAGGGGGAGGGGUCCAGCUUCAAGGCGGGGCUGCUCCCUCCUCAGCAAGACCUUCAGGCACGAUACAGAGAGUCCAACCUCCCCAUCCAGGUACCCAGAACUGGUGGGCAAGCGGAUCAGACAUUUGUAUGAGGAGAAUGACAAAACAGAGGCCUGGUACCAGGGGGUAGUGCUGAGGAUCCACAAGCAUCACAAGGACCCCCUCAAGACCGUGUAUGAGGUGAAGUAUGACAGCGAGCCUGAGUGGCAGUACUACCUGGAGAUCCUGCAGGACUACAAGAAAGGCUGGCUGAAAGUGGAUGAAUGAAAGUGGACCUUGGCCAUCGCUGGUGGCUCGCAGCACUAAUGGCUCCAACUCAGAGUAAAAAGCUCUGGGACUUGUUUAUUGUCUUCCCCACCCUGGUCCCAUCUCAGUCAAUAGACUAAAUGGACCCAGAUGUCGAUGGGGAGAAAUGCCACAUAACGAAAUGAGUUCAUUCCUUUCUCCUCCCCCACUCACCCUGCACCUUCUGAAUGGACAUCAAAGCACCAAUGUGCCUUGUGUCUGUAGCAGGAAGUUCAGAAGAUAAAUUCCACAUGGAAGGCCACUGGACUUGGUUCAGUGGGAGAGGAAUAAUUGCAUCUAUUCAAAGCAAUAUUUCCCCCAGACUGACCAUUCUCCCCUAAUCCAUAACCUCCCAUCGUUCCUUAUUGGCAUGGAUAUCCCCCAACCGGGGAGAGCAGUCUCCUUCCUGGAGGCUGGGCUCUCACAUGGAGGCCACCUUCAGUGUUCAAAGGGGACAGGCCCUCCACGUGCACAACCCCAGCAGCUUAUAGAGGGCACCACACCAAACACAUGUAGCUCAGGAGUAUAGCAAGGAAGUGGUGUCACUCUGUUCUUCCAGUAGGCACCUUUUCUUUUAAUCUCCUUUGCUCCCACUUGAUUUUUGUCGGAUCAUCUCUCUCUUUACACAGCCUCCCGGCCACUGUUUUCAGAUAGAAUGUAUUUCUGCUCUUUCACACUCACCUGACUGACAGUUUGUGCAGGUUCCUGUUCAAAAUGCACCCUACGAGCAAUCCCCCCUGGGUCUAGCUGGUGACUGCUGGAGACACAACAUCCUUGAAGCUGAGUUGCAAUUGAACACAGGGGGCUUGAUUCUGCUGCCACGGAGUCAGUGGGAGUCAGGCCAUGACUUUCCAUGGAGCAGGAUCUGGCUCUUUACAGUCAAAAUUUGUGAUUUUGUGCACUCUAUGCAAUCCUCUUGGAGAUGGUUUGAUCUUGCACAGGAUCUAAACUGGUUCUGAAUUUGGUCCUUAUACAUCUCCCCCUCCCCACAACACACACAGUUGUUUUUUUUUUUUAAUAUUCCUUUUUAGUUUAAUAUUCUAUGAUGGGUUUUGAAAGGUGCAUUUUCUGUGGAGCUGGAAGCUCUACAAGAGACAGACUAAGCCCACUCAUGUUAGUGGCCUCAUUGCUUCCAGAGCAGUUUGUGUGGGCUUGCUGAUGGGUACUUUUAAGAACACUUCAGAAUGUACAGCACUGACUGGCUGGGACAGGAGCAGCGACUGGCUCUGUUUUUCAUUGCUAAUCUUGUAAACCUUUCCCCUUUCAACCAAGAGUGGCUAAUCUCUAUCUGAUCUGCUUAGCAGAAGUACCCCCCCCCCCCUUUUUUUUUUUAAAUGGGGGAGAGGUUGUUUGAUUCAAUGUUUUGGGUUUUUUGGGGAUGGAGAGAACCUUUACUUUCUGCCCCUAAAGGAAGAAAAGCUAACCAUCAGGGGAGCUGCUCUAAGAACUGCCAUCUACAUCUUCAUUGCAAUGCUCCCCACCACUCAGCCAACAUUCGCUUCUCCCUCCUUCUUUAUACAUACUUUAUUCAUUAAAUAUAGCUUCUUGCUUUAACUCCCUGUCCUUUUUAAUUGUGAAGGGCUACAGAGAUUAAACAGACCAUCGGGAUUAUGACUUCCAUAGUUACAGGACUGAUUUUGUUGUUUUAAAUGAAAACAUUUUAAAAAUGUUAUGAACUUACCUUUGUAAGGAGCUGCUGCCUUGAGGUUUUGUUUUUUCGUUUGUUUGUUUGUUUUAUUUAAACCUUUGUAUUCCCCUGUUAACUUUGCUGAAUCAAGGUGAAGUGAGAUAGUGUCACCGGUUAGGAGCUCGAUUUUUGUGUCGUAGCUGAGAGACAUUCUCAGUGGGUUUUAAAGACUGAUUUCUUUUUUUAAACCUGAUUACAAAGCAGGUCCUGGAUGCUCACUCCUCGCUGUCUUUUUAAGGAGUUCUUAGGGAAUGCACAUACCGGUGAAUAUCCUUUAUACUUGACAAGGAAAUGGGGACUAUCCUAAUGUAACAAUAAAAUGGGGGGGGGAGAAGGAGAGAGACCUCAUAUGUCAUCAGAACAGAGAUCAUUUCACUUCCUAUAACACUGUAAUGAUUCCGGACACAAUAGUGAAGUCUCCCUCUCAUCAGCUGAAAUGAAUGGCUAAGAACUGACACAUCUGUGCUCCACCAGGCAACCGAAUGGGACUGAUUAUUGUGCAGUAGAGAUGUAUAAGAGCAAAGGCCUUUACAGACUCUACACACAGGUAUUUUCAGCUGGUCGGGGGAGCUGAGGAACAAGUUAAGAGAAUUUUUUUUUUCUCCACUACAGGAAGUAUUUAUUUUCAACCUACAAAACUAAAACUAGUGGACUAGUCUUUUCAAAAUGGUGUUUUCCUGCUUCUGGAGGCAGUUGCUGCUGCUGCUGCUGCUGCUGUUGCAUUGAGUAUCAUUUGAUUUUUAAAAUGCUUCUACUGAACCCGCAGGCGACUUGGAAGGAGGGGUUCCCUGUGCUGUUCGUGCACUCUCUUGCCAUGUGCAGUCUGUCAGUAGCAUUGUAAAGCUAUUCGGAGACCAGUGUUUGUAAAUAAUGUAAUUUUUUUUGUAUAGAGUCGAAGUGGGAGAAAGUCCUUCACGUUAUUUAAUAUUUUGUAAGAAUAUCACCGUAAGAGGUGCCUCGCCCUGAUUAAAGUGUUUGGUUUGUUUUUGAA